GAUUCGUGACCCAAACUAACGAAUAUUUUAGAAUAGCGAAGUGAUUCGAUACAGACUCGAACAGAAAGAUUUGUUCCUUCGCCAACUGGACGUCACUACAAAGCAGGACGGAGACGGAGCUCAAGGCGAGCAGGUCCUGAUGGCAGCGGUGGUUGAGAUGCUGGUAGAUUGUUCACUCUGAGGUUUGAACCACAGGAAGCAUGAAACUGCGGCUGCACUUCGUGGUGGACCCCAUGGGCUGGUUCUGCAUCAGCACUGUCCUCUUCAUAUGGCUCUACAACUCCGUCUUCAUCCCCCAGCUGGUGCUGCUGCCGCACUUCCAGGAGGGGCACAUCCCCGGGGCCCUGGUCGUCUCAUACUACCUGGCGUCUCUGCUGUGUGUCACGGCGCUGUUCAGAGCCUCCACUGCGGACCCGGGCCGGCUCCCCCAGAACCCGCACAUCCCUCACUCCGAACGUGACCAAUGGGAGCUGUGCAAUAAGUGCAACCUGAUGCGGCCCAAGAGGUCCCACCACUGCAGCCGCUGUGGGCACUGUGUGCGGAGGAUGGACCACCACUGCCCCUGGAUCAAUAACUGUGUGGGGGAGGACAACCACUGGCUCUUCCUGCAGCUCUGCUUCUACACACAGGUGCUCAGCCUGUUCACUCUGGGCCUGGACUUCUGCCAGUACUACUACUUCCAGCCUCUCCCGCGGGCCGAUGAGGAGGGAUUUACCUCCCGCCAUGAGCUCGCUCUGCUGCGAAUCUCCACCUUCAUGGGCCUGCUGAUGUUCGGGGGCAUGAGCAACCUCUUCUACACGCAGAUAACCGGCAUCCUCGCGGACACUACCACCAUUGAGAAGAUGUCCCACUUCCUGGACGAGAUUAACCAGCCCAGGAAGCCGUGGCAGCAGACGUUUGCUGAGGUUUUUGGAACCCGCUGGAAGAUCCUGUGGUUCCUCCCUUUCAGGGGGAGGCAGCCGCUACGGGGCCACUCCUUUCCCAGCCGUGUGUAGCCAGACGGAGGGGAGGGGCCGGCCAACCCCGCCGCUCUCCCUUGCCCGCUCGCCUGCUCCCGCCAUCCUUUUAGUACGCUUCUUAGGGACCUGCGAAGGAACGCCGCCGCCGAGCGAGAGGGAGGGGCGCGCCACGCCCCACCCCCCCACCGGGUCAUCGGCCCGUCACAAACCGGUCUCUGUCUGUGACCGAGAGCUUCUGAUUUUGUUUCGUCUCUAAAAUGUUGCGAUACGCCCCCCAGCCCCCCAGCCCCCGCCACCCCAACUUCCCCCUCUCACUCCAUCCCGGUGUGAAAGGGAGCUCGAGGUGCUCCGUGUGUUUGUGUCGCUGGGUUUCCCGGGUAACCCGCGUUUGUUCAGAUCUCGGCAGGGGCGGCCGCGGGCUGUACCAUGUGACCCGGGCUGGCGGCCCCAGUAGCCGUCAUUAUGGACAGCCUCUUUGUCCACCUCUCCAGGCCGCUGAUUGACAGCUCUGAAGUUCAGCCGUGACCCUUGGCAAGUGCCGGGGGGAGCCGGGAGCCGCGGCCAAGCGGAGAGCGUUUCCAAGGCCUCUCUCUCCCUCGGCAACGGGGCCCACAUGCCUUCCUGCUGUCUGAUCAGCACAUCCUGCCAAACGGAACACUCUCUCUGGACAGCCCGCUCCGACAUCACACCUCAUCCGUCUCCGUUUAGAAAACACACUCCUUCUCAAGGUGUUUACCUCUUUGAUUAGUGCUGCUUAUUUCCUCUGGUUUGUCUCCUAAUGUGGUUUGUUGCCUCCUUUUUUUUAACUUAUGUGUCGGGUUCUCCUUAGAGCGUGUGUCAAAGUCACUUUUAUAGGUCUUAAAACUGCGUGUGCCAUAUCAGGCCAAGUUCUUUUUUAAAGUUUGUUUUUUGAUUGUCUACACUGCAUGGCAAGAUCUGAGCUGACACCUGAUCCCUGGUUCAGAUCCUAUUUGUCCCUCGUGUUAAUAGCUAUUUAUUAUGUGAUGAAGAGCUUGUGGAGGAUCAGGUGGUAUGCAGCAUUGGUUUUUAAGCAUCUGGCACUGACUGAAGUGCUGAGGUUGACAGGGGCGUGAAUGUUUACAUGGGCGGUGCAGGUUUCCUACUUGCACAGGAAUGCUUUUUCAGGAGGAAAGAGAUGUGGUUUUCUGCAGGAACUGCAGUUUGCGAGAUGGUGCUGGAAGUACUGUCCUGAAAGCUUGUGAAGAGGUGCAUGGAUUCCUAGCACUCUGGUGCCUAAGGAGCUUCUCUGCAGGGUUCAGCAACACUGGCACUUACAUGUCACCUUUCACUACUUCUUUUUAUAAACUACCUGAUGGCAACUUCAUUUGCCUUCUUUUACCUUUUUUGUAAGUUUUUCUUAUUUGUUGUUUCUAAAGCACACAGUUACGCUCCACUGUAGCUUUAGAGUUCAGUGGUGGAUACAAACCAGGAGCAAGGAAAGGCCCAUUUCAUUGGCUCCUGCAGAUGCUUUGGUGGAUCCCCAUAUUCGUGCCUUAGUGGUAAAACAAAGGUACUGUUGUGACUUUGGGGGAACGUCUCAUUCAAUGCGGGACAUAACUCCUUCUUGGGCCGUUCAGCCUCAUCAGACACUUAUAAUAUGAUAAUAUGGCCGGUUAAAGGACAAAUGCUGUCUCCCCUCUUAAAACUUGCAGCUAAGCUUCAAAUAUGUAUAUUACUGCUGCAGACCUUAGCAAGUAACAAGUUUCAAGUUCUCGAACACCAGAUUAGGUCCUUACUGUCGUUCGGAAUUGAUCACUAAGUAGUCUAAAGUGCCUCUGUCGAAACAGGUUGUUAGAUCAUAUCAAACCAUUGAUCAGUCAAACCAAAGACCACAUUUCAUUGGCUGAGGAGAGCUGGCCUGCGGUACUUUAGAUAGGCACGUCAGAUGCAGACAGUGUGUAAAACAUGCAUAACCGUGAUUCUAGUCUGUGCUGCCAAUUAAUGCCCUGAAAAUACAAUGCAGAACGGGCUGUAACUUCGCAGCAAUGUUACUGCAAAGCUAUGAAACAAGAGCAGCGUUAUGAGAAUGGUACAUGCACAUAUUUGGAAGGGUGAUGUCCGCAUUGCGGUGCUCUUUCCUGUGUUAUUUUACUUUUAAUUACACUAAAAUUUUAUUUUGUGUCUUUGCUACGUUAAAUUUGCAAAACACUACUGGAGAAAUUCCCUUUAGAAUGACGAGAAAGGCUUUUCCCGUUAGAAAACAACAAUGGGUAUGGUGUAAUGGUACUUUACAUUAAAAU